CGUUGCUAUACAAACCCCUUCUUCGCCUGCUAACCAUUCUUGCAAAGAUGUGCGCAACAUCACCCAUGUGUUGAACUACGAUUAUCCCAACAACUCUGAGGACUACAUUCACCGAAUCGGUCGUACCGGUCGUGCUGGUGCCAUGGGUACCGCCAUUACCCUCUUCACUACUGAUAACCAGAAGCAGGCUCGUGACCUUGUCAAUGUCCUCCAGGAGGCCAAGCAGCAGAUCGACCCCCGUCUCGUUGAGAUGACCCGAUAUGGUGGCGGCGGCGGUCGCGGCUACGGUGGAUGGGGCCGCGGCCGAGGCGGUGGCAGAGCCAACGCCCACAAUGCCAACAACAUGCCCAUCGGUAACCGUCGUUGGUAAUUUAGUGUGGUCUUCCAUCAUGAGGUCUUGCGACCCUACGGCGUUAUGGAUCAGACAGCCUCGCAUUUCGAAUCCCUGGAUUCUCAAAAGUACAUGACACCCAAGGCGUUUGUUUGUUAGAGGACAGGUGGCCCGAUUAGAUUUGACUCGUCAUUUGCGAGUCUGGAUUCAUGGUUUGACUGCCGACCGUUUUGGUCGUACUUAUUUGCAUUUCUGCGUUUUUACAUGUUACCUCAUAAUGGCUUUAGACUGGGAUGAUGAUGUCGUGUUGAGUGGUAUGAAAACACUCAACGGCGGAGAUUAGGGG